UUUAAGAGAACGCACCGGUGACGUUUUCAGCAGAUUCCGUCGGCGACGGUGUGCGCGAGGCGGAACGGCUCACGAGCGCACCGUGGGUUAAAAGUGAACCUCUAUAGAAUCAGGAAUGACACGGACGUGGCACGCGCACAUUCCGCACCACGCCCAGGCGACGGUGCAGCGUCCACGUCAGCGCGAGCUCGCGCGCGAGACGUGCUGAAGCCACGCCCACUGCCACUGUUGACGAAUGAAGAUGGAGCAACAACAAGCAGAUAUGGAGAUGAUGACCCCGCUGAUGGAGGAGGUGGGAGGAGAAGAGAACUCGGAUGAGGAGAUCAGCAAUGAGCAACAAUCACACGGCAUCACUUUCACUCAGACCUUACUUCAUCUGUUAAAGGGGAACAUCGGCACAGGGCUGCUCGGAUUGCCGCUGGCACUGAGGAACGCCGGGAUACUGUUGGGCCCAGUGUGUUUGGUGCUGAUGGGAGUGGUGUGUGUUCAUUGCAUGCACAUCUUAGUGAACUGCAGCCAUCAGCUAAGCGAGAGAUUAAAGAAGUCACCUCUUAGUUAUAGUGAGACAGUUGCAGUUGCCAUGGAGACAGGCUCCUCCCACUGCCUGAGGAGAGGUGCCAAUUUUGGCAGACUGUUGGUGAACUUCUUCCUGGUUUUGACCCAGCUGGGAUUCUGCAGCGUGUACUUCGUCUUCCUGGCAGAGAACAUCAAACAGGUGGUAGAGGGUCACUACAUGAACUCCUCCUCAUCAUCAUCACAAGAGGUGUUAACUUUUUACUCCAACAGCUCAGAAGGGGGCGGAGCUCCUGUUGUUUCUACAGCGCCGGGGCUGGACAAACGAGUGUAUAUGCUCCUUCUUCUUCCUUUCCUCAUCCUUCUCACCUUCAUCAGGGAGCUGAGCAACAUGGCACCUUUGUGUGCUGUGGCUAACCUCGCCAUGGCUGCCAGCCUCACGCUCAUCUACACCUACAUUCUUAAUGAUGUUGGUGACCCUAGGAAGCUUCCAUACAUCUCCACAUGGAAUAAGUUCCCCUUCUUUUUUGGAACUGCUAUCUUUGCUUUUGAAGGGAUCGGAGUGGUUCUUCCUGUAGAGAAUCAGAUGCGGGAGCCAAAGCGCUUCCCCUGCGCCCUUGAUGUCUCCAUGGGCAUCGUCAUUGUCCUCUAUGUUUCCUUGGCGACCCUCGGCUACCUCCGCUUUGGUGACGACAUCAAAGGAAGCAUCACGCUCAACCUACCGCAUGACUCCUGGUCUAAUCUCCUGGUGAAGUUGCUCUACUCUUUCGGAGUUUUCGUGACGUUUGCCGUUCAGUUCUUCGUCGCAGCGGAGAUCGUGGUACCUGCCGUGUGUGAGCGUGUUUCAGAAAGAUGGAGACGGCACACUGACCUCUGUACACGAGCACUGCUGACCUGCGUUACCUGCGCCGUGGCUGUUCUCGUCCCUCGUUUGGAUCUGGUGAUCUCAUUUGUAGGCGCGGUGAGUAGCUCCGCCCUGGCGCUUGUCUUCCCGCCCCUGGUGGAGCUGAUCGCUUGCUCCGCUCGUCCGUCGUCGCUGCUUUUCCUGAAGGACCUGUCCAUCGCUCUGAUCGGAUUCCUCGGCUUCCUCACCGGAACCUACGUCACGGUGGGCGAGAUUCUGUACCCGUCUCCAUGACGACGAUCAUUGCAGUGAUAACUGUGGUACUGAAUUGUGUGGGACACUUUCUCACACAUGCACAAACGCACACGCGCGCACACACACACACACACACACACUCCUGGACAAAAAAAUGACACGGGUCGACACUUUUUUAUAACUUUUGUAAAUGAGUUUUUCAUUCCAGCUGCACACACUGCCGUCCCUCACCGCACGCGCGUGUGUGUGUGUGUGUGUGUGUGUGUGUAAGAGAGAAUUAAGACCAUUGAUGUGCACCAUGGUGUUACAGUACAUUCCUCCUGUGUUGUGUGUGUGUGUGUGUGUGUGUUCUAAACACUCCUAUACACUGUACUGUAUAUAACAUUUGAUUAAACAGAUUUGUUAUUAAUAAAUUCCUCACUUUAACCACCA